UCAGCACUGGGCCUUCAGUCUGUUUUCAGUAGUCGGAGAGGAAGAAAAAUGGCGGCUGCGACCGAUCAGAAGCGGGACGCCAGCCAUUGGUUUUGAGCUUUCUCACGUAAACCGAGACCGGGGCUUUACGGGACUACUUCUUUGGAAUCUACGCAAAUCAAGCUUUCUGACGGUACCCGUUUUUCUGGGUUCUGUGAAGGCUAAAUAAACGCAGAAAUUGAAAUUGAAAAUAAUAGCUUUUAUAUAUAAUGAGGGGGAAAAGAGGCAGGCCGCCCAAAACCCUGCGGAUGCAGGAGCCUUCAUCCGAGCCGGAGCGUGGCUUGAGACCCAGGAGGGAGUUGAGGGCAAAGGGGAGAGGUAGUGCCGAGGUUGAUUUUGAGAGUCCCAAGAGGGGAAAUAACUCUUCAUCGAGGGGCAGGAGGAAAGUGGGAUCAUCUCGCGGUAGGGGAAGAGGCAGAGGUGGUGGUGGCAGAGGUACUAGGGGCAGACGGUCAAUCGCUAGAUCUGUGGUUUAUGAUGAUCAUGAAAGUGAUGAAGACGAUGAUGCUGUGAGUUUGAGAUCUGAGGAGGACGAGUUGAUAGAGGAAGAGACGAUAACAGACGAGGAAGAAGAGGAAGAAGAGGCCCUCAACGAGGAGUCAGACCCGCUUGAGGAAAUACUCGAGGAGGAUGAUGCCAGCUACUGUACUGAAAGCAGCUUUCGGAGUCAGAGCACUCAUGGCAGCACUCCGGGGCGAAAGAGGACGCGGGUGCACUGCCCUCGCUCGCCCAUCUUUGAGGAAAAGGAGAUCCCUCCUCUGGAGCUGCCCAGAACCUCUGAGGACCUCCUGGUGCCCAGUGAGGAACUGCUCAACGUGUCCUCCAUCUACGAGGUCCUGCGCAACUUCAGCACAGUGCUGCGGCUCUCUCCCUUCCGCUUUGAGGACUUCUGUGCUGCGCUGGUAGGCCAGGAGCAGUGCACCCUGAUGGCAGAGACCCACACAGCCCUACUGAAGGCCAUCCUGCGUGAGGAGGACACCUCCAACACCACGUUCGGUCCUGCUGACCUCAAGGACAGUGUCAACUCCACCCUCUACUUCAUUGAUGGUAUGACGUGGCCCGAGGUGGUCCGUGCCUACUGCGAGAGCGACCAGGAGUACCACCAUGUCCUGCCCUACCAGGAGGUGGAGGACUACCCCUACGGCCCUCUGGACAGUAAGAUCAAGGUGCUGCAGUUCUUGGUGGAUCAGUUCCUCACCACCAACAUCGCCCGUGAGGAGUUAAUGUCAGAGGGGGUGGUGCAGUAUGAUGACCACUGCAGGGUGUGCCACAGAUUGGGGGACCUGCUGUGCUGUGAGACCUGCUCUGCCGUCUACCACCUGGAGUGUGUGAAGCCUCCUCUGGUAGAGGUGCCGGAGGACGAAUGGCAGUGUGAGAUCUGCGUGGCACACAAGGUGCCCGGGGUCACAGACUGUGUGACAGAGAUGCAGAAGAGCAAACCCUACAUCCGCCAGGAGCCCAUCGGCUAUGACCGCCACCGGAGGCAAUACUGGUUCCUAAACCGAAGAAUAAUUGUUGAGGAAGACGGGGAGCAUGAUAAGAAGAAGAUCUGGUACUACAGCACAAAGGUCCAGCUGGGAGAGCUGAUAGAGUGUCUAGACAAGGAGUACUGGGAAAACGACCUGUGUGCCGUCCUCGAGGAGAUGAGAGAGGAGGUGCACACUCACAUGGACAUCACUGAGGACCUCACCAACAAGGCCGCGGGCAACAACAAGGCCUUCCUCACGGCAGCCAACGAUGAGAUCCUGGAGCGUGUGCAGGGCAGGCAGGAACGGCGAGCAGCGGAGCAGGCAGAGAAGGCCACUACAGACACCACCAAGAUAGAGGAAGAGACCCCCACACACUGCUCUCAACUACCAGACCACAGAGGGCUCCAAGACCCCGAGUAUAAAGAGGAGGCAAGCUCACAAGCAGCUGUAGCUCCCCCUGCUGGAGAAGAGAACACCACCGUCCACCCCCCUAAGCCUGGCUCGUCCACCCAGGACGGCACUCUCCCUAAACAUGAACCCCCUAAGCCUGCUGAGGUGUCCUGCUCUGCCGCCUCUGAAAGUGGGGAGGCCUCCAUGGAGCCUGAGCAGGAGAGGCCAGAGGAUAAGCCUGUAGACUCAGAGUCCCAUGGAGAGGAGGACCCCUCUGCCCAGUGCCAGCCUACUCCUCCACCACCACACCCUGGAGACGAGAACAGCAACAGCAGCCACGUCUCAGCGCCUGGGGUCCUCAGGAGGCCUGAAGAGCCAAACCUCGCUGACAGGUCCUCUCAGUCCUCCAUCACCAGCCAGGACGACACGGGUGAAGGCAAGGAGAGUGGGAAUGGUGAGGGGUCAGCGUCUGGACAGACUAACAAUCGCAUAGUGACUCGUCUGCGUAACCCGGACAGCAAGCUGAGCCAGCAGAAGACCCAGGGAGAUGGCAGCCCUACACCCAGGGACAGCAAGGAGACAUCUCCUCCCAGCUCUGAGAGUGAAGUGGCUCUUCUGGGUACUGUGAAGAAAGACUUGACGGUGAAGGGCAACCUGAACAACUUCUUCAAGCUGGGCCAGGAGGGCAAGUUCCGAGUCUACCACAACCAGUUCAGCACCAACACACUGGGCCUCAACAAGCACCAGCAUCGUGAGGACCACGACAAGCGCCGCCACCUCUCCCAUAAGUUCAGCCUAACCCCCGCCGGGGAUUUCAAGUGGAACGGCUCCAUCCACGGAUCCAAGGUGCUGACCAUCUCCACCCUGCGGCUCACCAUCAUCCAGCUGGAGACCAAUGUCCCCGCCCCCUUCCUGCACCCAAACUGGGCCUCGCACAGGACAAACUGGAUUAAAGCGGUGCAGAUGUGCAGUAAGGCUCGGGAGUUUGCCUUGGCGCUGGCCAUCAUGGAGUGUGCCAUCAAACCAGUGGUCAUGCUGCCUGUCUGGAAAGAUGCGCUUGGACACACCAGGCUCCAUCGCAUGACCUCCAUGGAGCGGGAGGAGAAAGAGAAGGGGAAAAAGAGAGAGAAAAAACUGGAGGAUGAAGAGACUAUGCAGCAGGCCACCUGGGUGAAGUACACCAUCCCCAUCAAACACCAGGUGUGGAAGCAGAAGGGGGAGGAGUACAGAGUAACUGGGUACGGGGGCUGGAGCUGGGUCAGUAAGACUCACGUCCAUCGCUUUGUUCCCAGGCUACCAGGGAACACCAACGUCAACUACCGCAAAGUACUCGAAGCAGCUAAAACUGGCAAAGAAAAUGCAACAUCCUGCCCGAACAAACGAAAAUGUUUGCCCAAAGCACCAACGAGCUCGGAAACCCAGGCAAAAGAAGAGUCUACUCCAAUUACUGAAGAAAAAGACCAGGAGGAAACCUCCACCAUGGAGCCAUCUGGGAGCACUUCACCAGGAGAGGGGCAGACUCUGAAAGAGAAGGAAGAGAAAAAGAUCACAGAGAAGGUGGAGAAGAAAGAUGAUCAGGUGGAGGAGAAGACUGAGGACAAGAUGGAUGUUGACCCCAGUCCACCAGACACCUGUCUCAGUGAGGAAAAAGGUAUAGUGGACAGCAAAUGCCCCUCAUCACUGACUGACCCUUCUGUGAAGGAGGAGCCCGGGGAGGAAGAAGCAACUAAGCAGGAGGACUCUGAGGCCAAGCCACCUGUCCGCCCCUUCAACUGGGAUGUGGUGAACGUCAGCGAGGGCUUCCAGCUCCGUACGGCCUACAAGAAGAAGGUGAAGACGUCCAAGCUCGACGGGCUGCUGGAGCGCAGAGUGAAACAGUUCACCCUGGAGGAGAAGCAGAGGCUAGAGCGCCUCAAACAGCAGUCAGCCCUGGCCAAACACACAGUCUCCAAGGAGAACGUUAACACAGGGACUCCCACCACCAUCAAGGCUUCUACAGCAGACAAGUUAGCAGUGACACCGUGCACAAGUCUGAAAGCUGAGAGACAAGCAGACUCAGUAGUUAAAGACACAAUUGUUAAAAGGCUUGACUUUGACCAGGAGCAGCCAGUGAAAUCCCAGCCUUCAGGAGAGACAGAUAAUCUGGACGUCAGAUUAGGCUCCACCUGUAAACCCCAGGCAGCAGGAGCCACAGGCCCCAACCUCAACACCACAGGGUUGGCCAACCAUGAGAGCAGCGUUCAGGGCAAUGGUGGGGAUGCGUUAUCUCAAACAGAGCUGAAUGGAGGCUCCCAGAAAAGCAUAGACGUCAACAACAAAAUCAAUUUGACAUCUGUAGAACCGGCUUUAGGUGCGGCCAAACCUCCCAGAGCAGAAGUGAUGAUCGCAGGAGAAAACGGUAGGAAGCAUGGUUAUGAGGAGACAGAGCAAGGUAAUGGACAGAGGGAGAUAGAAAGCAAACCACAUUUAGUGCAGGUGAAUGGGAAAGCCGCUGUUGACACCAAGGCUCCUGUAGACUCAAAGAUGCACUCAGACCUGGCCAAAAAAGUGGACACCAAGGUCAUGCUCCAGACGUUAGAGGGUGAGAUCAAAACACUGCCAGUGAAGGAACCUGUAAAAUCCAUUAUGAACGGUACUCUCUCUCAGGACGGGUUAAAGGUCAACAACACUGUGUUAGCCACCAGCCUAGUAUUGGAGGACGUAGAGAGAAAGGUUGUGGUGUCCGAGCCUGACUACUCCGUCACGUCGUCAAUGUUAGGGCCGCCCACUGGUGUUCCCACGGUAAGCAACAGCGCCAAGUCUGAGCCAAUGGAGAUUGGGCAAACGGCAUCCAAUGAGAUCACCCCAUUUCCUAUCCCCACUGCAGAGGAGUCCAGCUUGAGUAACAACACCACAGAGAACAGCAGUAGCAGUACUGAGGUGCUGAAGACCAUCACCCAAGUUACCACAACCACUACUACCACCAUGUCAACAGAGUCUCGCACGGUGCAGAUAGCCAAGGUCUCCAGCAGCACGAAGCCUGCAGUGACGCCUGCUGCAGAGAGCAGUGCUGUAUCCACCCUCACCACCAUGACCAAGACCACCGUCACCAGGGUCUGCUCCCCGACCCUCGGGGCCGCCGUCUCCGAGGAGACCAAGACUGUUGUCACUGCGAUGUUGACAGAUGCCAAAUCUGGCCCCUCAGGCUCUUCAGUCACCUCCAUGACGGUCAGUAAGGAGUACUCCACCAGAGACUGUGUCCGGCUGCUAAAGUUCUCCCGCUCCAAGAAGACCCGCUCUGGCACGGCCCUCCCCUCUUACCGCAAGUUUGUCACCAAGAGUAGCAAGAAGAGCAUAUUUGUACUGCCUAAUGAUGACCUAAAGAAGCUGGCGAGGAGAGGGGGCAUCAGAGAGGUACCCAUCUUCAACUACAACGCCAAGCCAGCCCUGGACAUCUGGCCCUAUCCCUCCCCCAGACCCACCUUUGGAAUCACGUGGAGAUACCGUCUCCAGACUGUGAAGUCUCUGGCGGGGGUCAGUCUGAUGCUGCGGCUGCUCUGGGCUUGCCUGAGGUGGGAUGACAUGGCUGUCAAGCCCUCCCCUGCUGUAGGAACCACCCGCACAGAAUCCUCGGAGACGGCGAUCACCACAACAGAGAUCAUCAAGCGGCGAGAUGUGGGGCCGCACGGCAUCCGGUCUGAAUACUGCAUCAGGAAGAUCAUCUGCCCAAUUGGCGUUACCGAAGCUCCCAAAGAAACUCCCACUCCCCAGAGGAAAGGCCUGCGCUCCAGCGCUCUGAGGCCAAAGAAGCCUGAACCGGCCAAGCAGACUGGACCCAUCAUCUUAGAGACGUGGGUGGCCGAGGAGGAGCUGGAGAUCUGGGAGAUCAGAGCCUUUUCAGAAAGGGUAGAGAGAGAGAAGGCCCAGGCUGCAGACCAGGCUAAGGUUAGUAGAACGCUGAAGACAGCAGAGGAGGCCAAGGCCCAAUUGGAGGCUCAGCUAAAGCACCAGAGAUUGGCUGCUCAGCAGAAACGGUUGGAGCAACAGAAGCCUGGUGCCACCACCUCCACCCCCACCAGCACCCCUACAACCUCAGCUUCUGGCACUCCGGCAUCCCUGACCAGCCAGGUCACCCCGGGGACUAAACUGGUCCUGGCCACCAAGCUGGGGACACCUGUCACAUUCCAGCAGAACAAGAACUUCCAUCAAUCAUUUACUUCCUGGGUCAAGCAGGGCCAGGGUAGUCCAGCCUCCACUUGCUCACGGGCCACCGUGGCCAACAGCAUGGUCACCACCUCUGGACAAACGUUCCAGAUCUCUGCCAGCCCGGUGACCAUGGCUGGCCAGGUCAUCACCGCCAAGCUACCCAUUCCGGCCAACAGCAAGAUUGUUACGGUCAACAUGCCAACCACACAAGGAGGUAUGGUGCAAGUCCAGCAGAAUGUCCUGGGCAUUAUUCCAUCCAGUACCCCAGGCAACCAGCGGACCUACUCCUCAUUCCAGAACCGCAACGCCACCAUCAACAUCAGACCCAACACCUCCACCUCAACCACCACUCAGCCGGCCAUUGCCACCGGAGUCCAGAUCCGUCCGGGCAUGACGGUGAUCCGAUCGCCCCUGCAGCAGGGCACCACUAUGGGCAAAACCAUCAUCAGAACCCCCUUGAUGAUGCAACAAGGUAUUCUACCAGCCAGCCAGCAGCAGGUGGUGACUCAGAUCAUCCGGGGCCAACCUGUCUCCACAGCAGUUUCCAGUGCCAGCCCUGUGCAGACCAGUGCAGGCCAGAGGAUGCUGGGUGCCGCCCCGUCCCCCCGUCCUGUCACCCCUGCCCCCGGGCAGUCCCCAUCACCAUCCACCCCCCAAGGCGGCCGACCACAGCAGGGCCAGGUCAAACUCACCCUGGCCCAGCUCACCCAGCUAACGCAGGGGGCACAGGGAGGGAACCAGGGUCUCACAGUAGUAAUCCAGGGACAGGGACAGACUACAGGCCAGCUGCAGGUCAUCCCCCAGGGGGUGACAGUCAUCCCAGGCCCUGGGCAGCAGCUCAUGCAGGCUGCCAUGCCCAACGGCCAGGUGCAGCGCUUCCUCUUCACCCCAGGGGCAACAGCCCCUGUCCCCAACCCCACCACCACGGCCAGUGCUGCUGUCACCCCCGUCACAGCCACCACAACAACACCCUCAGGGCCAGCGCUGUCUCAGCUUCCAGUUCAGACUCCCGUUACCUCUCAAGCACCGGCACCACCAGUCCAGCCCCCUCAACAGGCUAUCGCUCGUGUCCAGCCCCCUCAACAGGCUAUCGCUCGUGUCCAGCCCCCUCAACAGGCUAUCGCUCGUGUCCAGCCCCCUCAACAGGCUAUCGCUCGUGUCCAGCCCCCUCAACAGGCUAUCGCUCGUGUCCAGCCCCCUCAACAGGCUAGCGCUCGUGUCCAGCCCCCUCAACAGGCUAUCGCUUGUGUCCAGCCCCCUCAACAGGCUAUCGCUUGUGUCCAGCCCCCUCAACAGGCUAUCGCUCGUGUCGAGCCCCCUCAACAGGCUAUCGCUCGUGUCGAGCCCCCUCAACAGGCUAUCGCUCGUGUCGAGCCCCCUCAACAGACUAUCGCUCCAGUCCAGCCCCCUCAACAGGCUAUCGCUCCAGUCCAGCCUCCUCAACAGGCUAUCACUCCAGUCCAGCCCCCUGCCCUCGUUCCUGCCCCCCCUCCAGUGUCCACAUAUCAGACUCAACCCCCUCAGGCUCAAGUCCACAUCCCCCUCCAGUCCCCCACUGCCUUACCCAUCCAGCAGAUAGCCCAGAUCCCAACCUCUCCACAACCGGUCCAUAUGAAGACUCUCUCGGUCUCCCCCUCCGUCACCCAGGCCACAGUGAGGCCCAUCCAGGCCCAUGCUCAACUCCAGCCCCAGGUUACGGCUCAGAUCAGGCCCCAGCAGCAGCUGCAGCUCCACCACCAACCCCAGCUGAUCACAGUGCCGGGGCUGCAGCAGCAGGUCCAGGUGCUGGGCACCAUCCAGACCCACGUGGCGGCCCAGCUCCAGGCCCAGCAGGGUGGGGCGUUGCCCCAGCAGAUCAAGCUGCAGCUGCCUAUUCAGAUCCAGCAGGCAGGAGGCCAGGUGCAGGCCCACCAGAUUCAGAACGUGGUGACCAUCCAGACAGCCAGCAUGCAGGACCACCUGCAGAGGAUCCAGCAGCUCAGAGAGCAGCAGCAGAAGAAGAAGCAGCAGGAGGCCAAAAGGGAGCAGAGCCUGCAGGCCUCCAGCCCCAGCGACAUCAUCCAGAAACAGGUGGUGAUGAAGCAGAAUGCUGUGAUAGAAAAUCUGAAACAGAGGAAGACCAUGACUCCAGCAGAGCGGGAGGAGAACCAGAGAAUAAUCGUCUGCAACCAGGUGAUGAAGUUCAUCCUGGACAAGAUCGACAAGGACGAGAAGCAGGCGGCUAAGAAGAGGAAGAAGGAGGAGUCUGUGGAGCAGAAACGCAGCAAGCAGAAUGCCACCAAGCUCUCGGCUCUGCUCUUCAAGCACAAAGAGCAGCUCAAGGCUGAGAUCCUGAAGAAGAGGGCUCUACUGGACAAGGAGCUGCAGCUGGAGGUUCAGGAGGAGCUGAGGAGGGACAUCAGCAGGCUGAGGAAGGAGAAGGAGAAGGCCCAAGCUGCAGCCUCUCAGGCAGCCGCUGCCGCAGCCCAGGUAGCCUCAUCCCUCUCCCCCACCAUGGCCUCGCCCUCCUCCGCCCACAAACGCAAGAGGGACGACGAAAGGGACACGUCCUCCGCCAAGCCUAAGAAGAAGAAGAUGAUAUCCACUACCUCAAAGGAUCACAAGAAGGAAGUCAAGCUGUACUGUGUCUGUAAAACGCCCUAUGACGAGGCCAAGUUCUACAUUGGGUGCGACCUGUGCUCCAACUGGUUCCACGGUGCGUGUGUGGGCAUCACGGAGAAGGAGGCCAAGAAGAUGGACGACUACGUCUGUAAUGGCUGCAAGCAGGGCCAGGACUCACAGGACUCAGAGGGCACCACGGAGGAGCUGUACUGCAUCUGCCGGACACCAUAUGAUGAAACACAGUUUUACAUUGGCUGCGACCGUUGCCAGAACUGGUACCACGGGCGCUGUGUGGGCAUUCUGCAGAGUGAGGCCACCCACAUAGACGAGUACGUGUGCCCGCAGUGUCAAUCCACGGAGGACGCCAUGACCGUCCUCACACCGUUAACCGACAAGGACUACGAGGGUUUAAGAAGAAUCCUGCGCUCCUUACAGGCUCACAAAAUGGCGUGGCCGUUCCUUGAACCAGUAGAUCCCAACGAUGCUCCUGAUUAUUAUGGCGUUAUAAAGGAACCGAUGGACCUCUCCACAAUGGAAGACAAAUUACAGAAACGGUAUUACAACAAGCUCACUGAGUUUGUGGCGGACAUGACCAAAGUCUUUGACAACUGCCGCUACUACAACCCCAACGACUCCCCCUUCUUUCAGUGUGCCGAAGUUCUGGAGUCAUUCUUUGUACAGAAGCUCAAAGGUUUCAAAGCUAGCAGAUUGUGAUGUCAUAAGUCUGACGUUAUAGCUGGAGUCUGAGCUGGAUGCUGGGGUCUCUAGUAGUGAAUCAUGAAACUUGCUGUUUCAUAAACAGUGGAAAUUCUGUGUGAUUAUCUAAGGUUUAAAGAAAUAAACACAAACACACACAAGUGUUCUAUCAGUGAAACAAACCAUGCUUAAAAGUACAUUUGCAAGUAUAGAAGCCAAAUUCCAAAGAUGCCUUCUGUGACAAUCACAAAAUGGCAGCCAUGUUGACACUUACAAAUCAAGUUAUCAAGGGAUAUGCUUUUUUUCUAUUAUUUUGGUAAUUUUACCAUUUCAAAUCGUAUCAAUUAUCAGCAAGAUAAGUGUCAGGGAAGCUUUUACUUAGAAAUGUGUAAAUGAGCUUUACCCAGAAAUGAUUUUUUUAUUAGUAGUUAGUUAUUCUUGGAGAGGGAGAUAUAAAAACAACAUUUGGGACCACAUGUAAAGCUGUAUAUUUUAUUAUUAUAUAUUUAUCAAAUUAAGUUCCUCUCUUAUUCAUGGCCUUCUUCAGCUGAUUUAAAUAUCAUGCAUUCGUAAUUAAUGGGCAUGAUUUUAAUAUAGUGCACAGGUUUUGUUGGUAAAUUUAUAGCUUAACUACUGGUUGAAUUAUUAUUUGGAUGUUUUAAAUUUAGUGAUUUAAAAAAAUAAGAUUGAUAUUGUAUGGUUUUUAAUCCUUUUGUGAAGGAUUAUUUUAUGGUUAAAACAAAGAGAGCCUAUGGUCAGAGGAAUUUAUAUAGACUUAAAAUAAUAAAUAAAAUGUCACGGCUUAACUAUAUUGGACCCCAUGCCUUACUGCAUGAAGGUACCUCAGGAUGUAGACGUGAAGCACCAUUUUCAUUGACUAAGUCAUUCCCAAUGAAUUAGACCAACAUGGCUGCUCUAUCUCCUUCCUGACCCCAUGGCAUCCAUUAUUUGUAUCAUUGUUUUGUUUUUUUGUUCAUGUCAGUAUGUUUAAACUAUUCAUAAAAAUGUUUAAAGGUUCUCAACUGUUCCCCUUUUCCACAUUCUAUAGGUCUCAUAACAACAAACUACAGACUUCGACCUCUUAGUAUAUACCACAUAUGUGAACAACAAAAAAAUGCACUCUGCGAGAAUUGGGUUCAAUUCUGAACAAUUAAUCCAUGUUGGGACCUGGCUCCUGUGCUUUGUGACCUCCACUCCUCUCCCUCCUUCUGGCCCCACUACGCAGCACCCAAAGGAAGACUCUCCCUGUAAGACCAGCAGCGCUGUUCCCACACAACUGUCAGGUGGAGCUGCUGCCUGCCCACCUCUGCCACAUGGACAUUUGACAAGGGGUUAAAAUGGAUGGUUUGAAUAAAGGCAUUUCUGAAAAAGGUUACCUUGAAGAAAAUACUUUCUUUGGAGAUUUCACGUUUCCUUGUUUGUUCUUCUUGAUUUGAUUCUUUGUUACCCCUCUAGCCAGUUGAAGAAAUUAAGAAAAGCUUACGCUUCCAUGGCCAUGCCCAUAAAAAUAAAAAACAUUUGACGCCUGUUUGAACGUUGAAAAAUGUUGAGCUGAGUUGCACUCAGUGUAUCAGAUUGCACAGGGACACUUAGGUGUGUCUAUACCCUUUCAAUCACUUUAUUAGAGGUGGCGUGAAAGAUGCAUCUCAUUGGGAAGGACUUGCUUGAGUUUGGACCGACUGGCUUUCUGGACACUAACAGUUUGAGUUUCAGUCAAGCUAUGCUGAAAGGAAUAACGUAUUUGGUAUUAAUUGCCCAGCAGUAAUGACACUGCUAAGGAUAAAAACACAAUGUAUUUGAAGGUAUCCUGCCCUCUUUGUAAAACUUGUCAGAUUUUGAAUUUUUGUUUUUGUAUUACAGCUGAAGAGAUUGAUGUAUAUGAAACAUAAUAAAUGGAGAAGACAGCUCUCUUCCACUA